AUGAACGCGCGGUCAACAGCCGAGUUUCUCGCCACAUUCAAUGCGACUGUUGAACAACCAUGCUAUAUGUUGCUACAUUAUUUCACGCACGCCGCGGAAGUCACUGUCGCGAGCACAAGAGACGCCAUUGGACUUCUCUACUCUGCGGUCGAUCAACUACUUGAAGGAGAUGUUUUCAGCCUACGAAAGGCCGUGCGAAUGCUCCUCAAACUCGUGCUCGCGUUAUUUCUACUUGUGGCUCCAUCCAUCGCAGACAUACAGUAUUUGACGAGCAGCAACGUCACUCGCAGCUAUUGGAUACACCCACCCGAUGAUUUUCAGCAGGGACACAAGUACCCCGUUGUCAUAGCUUUUCAUGGAGGGAGUAGGCUGGGAUCAGACGCUGAUGGGUUCGCCAUGGAGCUAGAUGCGCGACUGUCGUUGCCUCUGGUGCGGACAUCUUACUCCAAAAAUAAACAGAGGUAUUUUGUUUAUCCCAAUGGUGUUGGUGGUGCAUGGGCUGGCCCAACUUACGCCGAGGUUUCAGUGGAAGAAGAUCUUCAAUUUGUUUCCGAUAUGAUUGCAGACAUCAAAUCACGGUACAGCAAUAUUGAUGAUAAUCGUAUCUAUGCCGCAGGUAUGUCUAAUGGGGGUGGUUUUGUUGGGACGCUUGCCUGCAGCGAAGUAGGUGCACAGUUUGCGGGAUUCGCGUCUGUUGCUAGCUCCUUUUAUACGGAUGUCGAGAGUGUAGACUGUUCCCCAGCACGAUUGCCCCUUCCUAUGUUGGAAAUUCAUGGAGGGAGUGACAAGGUAGUCCCCUAUGCCGGGGGCAUGGGACAUGGAGGGCCUCUACCGCCUAUUCCGGAAUGGUAUAGAUGA